GAGAGGAGAAGGAGGUGAUGGCGACCUGGGGAGGGGGAGACCGCUCCGUCUGGCAGGCGCCACCCGGGCUGGGGUCACCUUUUCAGGUGGCUUAACGGCUCUGGAGUGGACGUAUACCCCCGGCUCUUCGCCGUGUUCGGGACCCAGACCUUCCCCUCCCCAGAGAACCUGGACACAGCUUAUCUUCUUCAUCUAUAACGAGCGUGCGGCGAGGGGAUUGAGGGCAGGACGGAGGGCGGGGAUGACUUCCUUUUUUAAAGAACGGAAACCUGGCACGGUUUCUAGGGAGGAGUGUAUGUCCCUCCUUGUCCCCUUUGCGCCCUGCGGCAGGCUAGAACCCCCUCAGGCCCCGGUCUGUGGACUCAGCGUGAGGCCACUUCCAGGAGGACCUUUUAGACUAGUGAGGGGCCUCUGGAGAAUUGGCAGUCGCCUGGGUUCCCAAGACUGCUUUUGAGUGAAGAGCUACUUCCGGGUUCUGCGUUAGAUAAAGUACUUAGGGUCUUCUGCUGUCCAUCUGCUUUGCGGUGCAAGGUGAUCGUUCUUGCCAGAUGCUUUGUGGGAAAUUUCAGUGGAGAUGUCAAUAUUUUGGCACAGAUGUCCAAGAAGUGACAGUGCUGAAGGGAUUUAACUCUACAUGUCUGGCACAGAUCUGCGGCUCCUAAGAUUGCCAAUAGGUGUGUUGAAAGUGGCAAAUUGUUGGAAAGGAGCAGAAUUCUGUUGAUUAAAUUGGUGCUUACUAGAGUGCAAUAGACUCCUUCAUUUCAUAUUUUACACUUUUGUUAUGUGUUGAAACAUAAUGAAGAUGAUAUCUUCUCUUCCCCUAAAGAUUUCAGAAGCUUCUAAGAGAAGCAACCAUAAAAGCAAAAAGUUAUGCUGUUAUGAUUUAGGUAUUUGUAAAAAAUUUUAUAAAAUGCUAUGAGAGUCCAGAGAAUCACCCAGCUUGUAAUGUAUAGGGCCUUAAUCAGAGGUAUAGUAUAGUGGGUAUUCAUGUUGAGCAAUGUGAAAGAGGGAUCAGAAAGGGAAGAAGAGAUUGUAAACAGUAAUCUAGUGAUGCCUAGUAAUCUAGGCAAGAGAAAACAGCUGCUAAUGGUAGGUUCAGAAACAGAUUUUAAAUACAUUUACAGGUGUAGAGUCAACAGGAACCUUGGCAAAAUGUAACUUCGAAGAAAAGGAAAGAAUCUAAGAUAAUUUACAGAUUUUCUGCUCAAUACCAUAAGUGAGAUUGGGAAUAUAGGAAGGGCAGGUUUGUUUGGAGGUGAACAUAGUUCAACUUUGGACUUUUAUUUAUUUAUUUAAGUUUAUCUAUUUUGAGAGCAAGAGAGCAUGGGGGAGGGGCAGAGAGAGAGAAUUGCAACCAGGCUACACACUGAGAGCAUGGAGUCCAGUGCGAGGCUCGAACUCAUGAACCCCUGAGAUCAUGACCUGAGCCAAAAUCAAGAGUCGGAGGCUUAACCGACUUAGCCACCCAGGCACUCCCAGCUUUGAACAUUUUUGAAAUGAGGUGCCAGUGGAACUCAUGAGUAGAAAUGCUUUCAAAGAAGCAUUUGGAAGCAGAGAUCUGGAUUUCAGAAGAGAAGUCCGGGUUGGAAGUCCCGAUUCGUAUUUCCAACUGCACAUCAGAGGAGUGAGUCUCCCAGCAGCCGACCAUAUCGCACUAGCAGUGGUUCUAAAAAGUUGGAUAAUAGUUAACAUUGGUGGUCUUACUGUAUGCCAGAUGUUUUUACAUUUAUUUCAUUUAGUACUAAAAUUCUAUGAUAGGCACAUUUUUUACCACCCUCCCCUCCCUUUUAAAGAUGUACAACCUGAAGUUCAAAAAGGUUAAAAGAAUUUGCUUAAGGUUCUUCAGCUAAUCAGUUAGCAAAGCUGGGUCGUGCACUCAGAUCUGUCAAAAUCCAAAGCAUAGGGAAAGCACCAUGCUGUACUGCUUUCUCAUAAGGGUAGCUAUAAUUUUUUUGAGUCACUGCAAUAUGCCAGGCAUUUUGCUAAAUUACAAACAUCUCAGCAGAAUAUGGUUGGGGACAAAUUUUUGAUACUAACAAAAGCAGGAAAGGGGUCUUCUAGAAGUUUUAUUUGUUCUCUCGUGUAAAUAUAUAAUCAAUAUUUGCACAUCCUACUCAACCUGUUUUCCAUAAGAUUUUUAGUUUUGCUCACAAAGUUUGCCACCACCACAGUACAUUUGAAAAAUCAUACUCAGGUAGACAGAGUGAUUGCAAGCUGGGGUUUCAGGACUUCCAGACGAAGAGCCAAUUUAUUUGGUUCCUUUAUUAGGAUGCAGAGUAUGCCGGAUCCCAAGAACGGAGAGAUAAGUAAGAUUUGAGUCUUGCCUUUUCAGUUCUGUUCUCUCCCAGCUGGGGAAUUAGAGAGGGUAUCACAAAGGAAGGAACGCUAAAGCUUAUUUCAAACCCUGACCUAGAGAAAGAAGACAUCAGGCUGAAAGAACAUCAUUAACAUAAGGUAGAGGUGUUUGAAAGUCCAUGGUCUAUUUCUGGAAUGAAAUAGUAGUCCAUUGUGGGCAGUUUGGGGCUUGAUUGAAAGAUGUGGAGGGAGGAGAAGCUUAAGGGGGAUGAGAUUUAUUUGAAUGGUACUCUGUAUCCAUGCCUGCACAUGUGGAAAGUAGUUACUCAGGUUUUUGUUUCUUCUACAUUCAAGAUCAUUUGAAGCAUGAUUUAUAAAGAAAGUCAGAUCUCAAGGGUGUCCUGCAAGAUGUCUUAAAAAGUCUUAACUCAGAGAUGGCAGUGAUUGAAACAUAGUGUGGGAAGGAAGAACAAUAUAUAAAGAAGAAGAAACAGGACUUGGCUCAGCAAGCAAAAGAAACACUGAACAAAGGAGAGGAAACCAACAAAGAUAAAUUUGGAAGCACUGAAUGCAGCAAAACAAGAACAAUGGAUCUCAAGUUCAACAGUUCCAGGAAAUAUAUUUCUAUAACUGUCCCUCCCAAAACACAGACAAUGUCACCACACAUCAAGUCAAUAGAUGACGUUGUAGUGCUUGGCAUAAAUCUCAGCAGAUUUAACAAACUUACUCAGUUUUUCAUAUGUGUUGCUGGAGUUUUUGUAUUUUACCUAAUUUAUGGAUAUUUACAGGAAUUAAUAUUUUCAAUGGAGGGUCUUAAGUCCUUUGGCUGGUACCUAACUUUAGUACAGUUUGCAUUUUACUCCAUAUUUGGCCUAAUAGAACUUCAGCUUAUUCAGGACAAAAGGAGAAGAAUACCAGGAAAAACCUACAUGAUAAUAGCUUUUCUAACUGUGGGUACUAUGGGGUUAUCAAAUACUUCCUUGGGCUACCUGAAUUAUCCCACCCAAGUCAUCUUCAAGUGCUGCAAAUUGAUUCCUGUUAUGCUAGGAGGAGUUUUUAUUCAAGGGAAGCGUUACAACAUUGCAGAUGUGUCUGCUGCCAUAUGUAUGAGCCUUGGCCUGAUAUGGUUCACCCUAGCUGACAGCACGGUUGCACCAAAUUUCAACCUGACCGGUGUGAUCCUUAUUUCCCUGGCACUGUGUGCGGACGCCGUCAUUGGGAACGUUCAAGAGAAAGCCAUGAAAUUGCACAAUGCUUCCAACUCAGAAAUGGUUUUGUAUUCGUAUUCCAUCGGUUUUGUGUACAUUUUACUGGGAUUGACAUGCACUAGCGGAUUAGGCCCUGCAGUAACAUUUUGUUCAAAGAAUCCAAUUCAGACCUACGGUUAUGCUUUCCUUUUUUCCCUCACUGGGUAUUUUGGAAUCUCCUUUGUUCUGGCUUUGAUUAAAAUUUUCGGUGCACUUCUUGCUGUAACAGUGACAACCGGAAGAAAAGCAAUGACUAUCGUACUUUCAUUUAUGUUCUUCUCCAAACCAUUCACAUUUCAGUAUGUCUGGUCUGGUUUGUUAGUUGUCCUUGGUAUAUUUCUCAAUGUUUACAGCAAAAAUAUGGAUAAACUAAGACUACCAGCACUAUAUGAUCUGAUAAACAAAAUAGUGGAAAUGAGAAAGUCAAGGACGUUGGCACAAACCGUAUAGUGAGUGAUUCAUCCUGUUUAAAACAGAACUCUAAGGGAGUAAUCAUCAAGUAAUUAACUUUCCAAAGGGAUUAUUAUAAAAACCAAAGGAUCUGAAGGCAUGCUACCCAUUUGUGAUGGGUCACCUACGAAGUCAGCCUUUUCUUCAGGAUACUUGUUUAACCGUUUGACUUCUGAAGCAAUCAAGAGAGCCACAUCUGGCACGCCUUAGAAUCAAAUGUCAGUGUGAAGGACUGACAUUUCUUAGCAACCUGUUGAGAAUUUCACUGGAAAUGGACCAUGUUGCAAAACUAAUUGGAUAUCAUUAUGACAUAUCAAAGAAAUUGAUAUAAUAAUAUCAAUUAAUAGAUUGUUUUGUUUUCAUUCCAUUUUGGUGGUGUUAUUUAAAUGAUUCUCUGUUAUAAGAGUGAACUGAUGAUUUAAAGUCUAGAAAGAAUAACUUCAUUAUAAAUAAAAAUUAUUCUGUGAUUUUUUUAAA